UCCACUCUCUCUGUUUGGAAAAAAAAUACUUGCAAGAAAAGAGACUGGGAGCUUCCAGGUGCUUUGCCCCCAGUUAAAAGCCCUGUAAGGAGGUCCUCUUCUUGCCUGGAGUCAGGAGAGCCACUGCCUCGUGAAGUUGAGCACCCUGCCUCUCACAUUCUCCCUCUCCCUCUCUCUCUUUCUUUCUCUCUCCCUCCUACUUUCCACCCUGUGAGAGUGCACAAAGAUUCAGAAGGUGCGUCUGAAAUCUACUUGUAUCCAGGCUGGAGACAGCACCACAAGGACUUUUUCCCCCUUUGCUGCGGCAAGCACGUGGACUUAAUUUUCACCAGAGACAGAAAUAAGAAUAAGAAGCAGACUGGCACCUGCCACUGAGAAGCAGAACUUUCUCUAGAGUUGUGUUCGUUCUUUCUGCGCGUAUGUAAACAAUAUUUGACUGCGACCAAGUGCCAAGACAUUCCCGAGACUUCCCUGUCUGCUGGGAUCCCGUCACAUCUUCUCAAGUUAUUUCUCCAGAGAUGACUGUCUGAAGAAGGAACGCAGAAAAGAAGCCACCUGACCUGCAGAAGUUACCUGCCUGAGUAAUUGAGGUGAAGCAGAAGGGUGAGUUUGAAAGCCAGUGACAAUGCUGACAGUGCUCUGUGUCCUGCUAACGCUGGGGAAUCAUGUCCUGGGGGGAGGUUACGCCCCCAUGCCUCAGAUGAAAUAUGUGCAGCCCAUGAUGAAGGGGCCUGUUGGGCCACCCUUCAGAGAAGGCAAGGGCCAGUAUCUUGAGUUUCCACCCAUGACGGACAUUAAAGGGGAGCCAGGUCCUCAAGGGAAGCCAGGACCAAGGGGACCACCUGGGCCUCCUGGAUUACCAGGGAAACCAGGUAUAGGAAAACCUGGUCUCAAUGGUCAAACAGGUCCUUCAGGGCCUCCAGGAUUCCCUGGGAUUGGAAAACCAGGACUACCAGGAUUACCUGGAAAAUUAGGACCUAAAGGACCUCCUGGACUCAAUGGUGAGGUUGGGCCUCGUGGAGAGGUGGGUCCACGUGGACUUCCAGGUCAGCCAGGACCACCUGGACCAGCAGGUCUGUCGUUGAAUGGCAAACCAGGGUUACCUGGGACCAGAGGCCCGCCAGGGUCAAGAGGUGAUCCGGGGCCUAAAGGCGGACGUGGUAUUCCUGGUGAACAAGGACCUAGAGGGGAAAAUGGCAAUGGAAAGCCAGGUACAACAGGUCCCAGGGGACCCACUGGCCUUCAAGGACCUCCAGGACCUCCAGGUGUUCCUGGUUUUGGUAAACCAGGGAUUGAUGGGCUGCCUGGGCCUGCAGGGCCAAAAGGAGAUAAAGGACUUCCAGGAGUUCAAGGUGUUCCAGGGGAAGCUGGUCUCCCUGGACUACAAGGUCAGCCGGGGGCAGCUGGUGUGGGAAAACCUGGACUUGACGGUGCUCCAGGUAACCCAGGCCCAAUAGGUUCAAAGGGUGAGGUUGGCCCCAGGGGAACUCCUGGGUUUCCUGGCCCCCCUGGCUAUGGUAAACCAGGGCUUGUAGGACAGAAAGGAGAUAGAGGUCCUGGUGGAUUACAAGGAGCCCCUGGUGACAAAGGACAACCUGGGAUGGAUGGUCUACCAGGAGAUACAGGGCCAACUGGACAGCCAGGGCUUCCAGGUCCACAAGGUUCUAUGGGUCUUCCAGGGAAACAUGGGAUGCCUGGUCUAAAGGGAGAGAAUGGCCCACAAGGACCUCCGGGCUUACCAGGGCUUAGAGGUGAUCAGGGUCCCAGUGGGCUCCCAGGAAAGUCUGGCCUCCCAGGAGAUAGGGGCCUUCCUGGUCUCAAUGGAGCCACAGGCAAACCUGGACCUAAAGGUGAACCGGGUCACAUCGGACUGCCAGGUAAUCCUGGUUUGAUUGGGGGACCAGGUACAAAAGGUGAGAAUGGGUCACCAGGACCCCCUGGGCCACGUGGCAAUUCAGGGAUCCCUGGACUCCCAGGCCCCACUGGUCAUAUGGGACCUCAAGGUGUUCCAGGGUUGAAAGGCGAACAAGGUCCACCGGGCCCCCAAGGAAUUGGAAAGCCUGGAGACAAAGGUAUGUCUGGUCCACAAGGACCUCCAGGAAAACCUGGCACUCCUGGACUUAGCGGUAUGCAGGGCCCUCCAGGUCCACCUGGACCUCCUGGGCCUCCCGGCCCGCCAAAUGGUGAUAUAAAUCAGUUAGCGGUUCAAGGACCAAAUAUUGUAGGAGAAUCCAUUCCAAAGCCAAAUGGUGAGAAACCUUAUUUUGGUCAGGCUGAGCUCUCUGCCUCCGUGGCUCCUGCUUUUACCGCCAUUUUGACGACACCAUUUCCACCAUCUGGAAUGCCGAUCAAAUUUGACAGAACUCUGUACAAUGGGCAAAAUGCUUACAACCCUGCCACGGGCAUCUUCACAAGCCCACUGCCUGGAGUCUACUAUUUUGCUUAUCAUGUACAUGUAAAGGGAACCAGCCUCUGGGUGGCACUGUAUAAAAACAAUGUGCCAGCCACAUACACCUAUGAUGAAUACAAGAAGGGCUAUAUGGACCAGGCAUCAGGUAGUGCGGUACUGGAGCUGAAAGAGAAUGACCAGGUUUGGGUGCAAAUGCCCUCUGACCAAGCAAAUGGGCUCUACUCCACUGAGUACAUCCAUUCGUCCUUCUCAGGGUUCCUCCUGUGCCCCACAUAACGGUCCGUCUCAGCGGAGAAUUGCUUGCUCAAGUGCCCUGCAGUAACAUCUGGGAUAAAAGCGACUAGAUUACAAGAAAGACUUGCUGAACGACAGAGAGGCUGAGUUCGAAGCAGAGGAUGGAGAAUUCAUGCUGUGUCUCUGUUUUCACCCUCUCUUUCAAAUGUCCGAUUUGAUCAUUGUUUUACUUUCAAGUGUUGUCAUUUUCUGCCUAUAUGAUAAUUUUAUUAUAACUGUUAUGUUAUUUUUGUCGAUGUUGAUGUAUUGGUGUUAUUUUAUUGAUGUUGUUGUAGUUGUUGUUGUUUAUCGCAAUCAGACUAUUAAGUACUUUGCAAUGUGUAGGUAAAGACUUACCCAUGUGACUGCACACGUUGCCAAAUGUUCUGACUCCCAUUGAGCUCCAUCACGUUGACUCUGGGGUUGUGUGUUCCCCUGGUUGCAGUCGAAUUCACCUAUAUCUUUCCCUCAUAUAACACAGGCUACUUGAUUUGUGCCACAUUUCACAUUUUAGAAUGCAGACAUUCUAUACAGCAUUGUUAUUGUAUUUGUAUGUUUAAAUACAUCCGUAAUUUAAAGAAUAAUCUUCAGUUCCAUAUUGUUAUUUCUUAUUAAUGCCAGACAGGUGAAUAUCUAUCUGCUUUAGUCAUUAGGUAUGUAUGUUUUGUUUGAUUUACUGUGUUAAAGCAAAAAUUAUGUGCUAAUCUGUCUGUUUCUGCGACAACUACGUUGUGUUUGAGAGUUAUUAAGAAAGAAUUUACUUGAUGAUUUACUGAGUUCUUUGCUCAAAACAUGGCAGGUUUAAAUCAGUAGUGAUCCUGAAGGCCUCAAGAGGACUGCUGUACAACAGUGCCUGCAUUAAUAAAAACAAAUAUGCAAUUUCUGUGACACUAAUUCCAUGCACUCUCAGAAAAAAAGUUACAAAAGCUGUCACUAGGGCGGUAACCUUUCAAAGGGUACACCUUUGUGCCUUAUUUCUGAGAGUGUACUUAAAAAAUCAUGACAUCAAAGCUAAUACAUAGCGUAUAGCUUCUCAUCAAAAUCUUAGGAUAGCCUAGAGUACAUUGGUGAGUAAGGGACUACUAGUAGAUUGAGAAAAUGAAAAUAUAAUUCUGAUUUUUUUUUUUAUAUAUAACAAAUCAAUUCUCCAACACAAAAUCCAAACUACUGCAUUGUGUACUCUAAACGUUUUACAUUCUCUGACGCUUUUCUUAUUGCUGCUUUAACAAUGACACAAUUGACUGAUUGUUUUUUACAUUCUUCUGAGACUUGUAAUUACACAGACAUGAUUGACACUAACAUGAGUCAAUGCAUGUCCUAAUCUUUUACAUUUUGACAAAAAGUUACAUGAUUUGGAUACAUCACACUGUAAUAGCACUGCUCCAGUGGUGUUUAUGAAAGGUUAAAAUGUAAACAUCCUCAAACAAAGAAAUUGUUCCUGGCACAUUUACUGAAGUGAAUGAAAAACAGCAAAUGAGGCCUGAAGACCCUCUUGAAAGACAUUUUCUCACUUCUGUUUGUUUGACCAAUAUGUAGAAUUAUGUAACCUGAGGAGUGUCAGUACAUAACUGCACCCACUCACUGAGGUUGCAUAUUCAGUACACAGUUACAUGACAUUUGUUGGAUGACGUUGUUCAGAUUAUUUACUCUUGAAUGAUGUUUUGGCACCAGACCUUUCCUAUUUCAGCAUGUAUUUGACCUUUUUAUGGUAUAUUAACACUGUGACCAAUAUUUUCUAUGAUGAGUGUAUAUUGUGUUUGUGCAAUGGAUUGAAGAUUUGAAAAUUCGUUGUGCUGCAAUUUCGCAAAACUGCUUAGACUAUGUUGCUUCCAUUUGUUAUUCAGAACAAACCAGGACAAAAAAGAAAAGAAAAAAGCCUUGAUUCUGUUCCACGGGAUAUUUAUUCAUGUUCAAUCAAAUUAAAAGAAACAACCAAUCCCAUUUGCACAUAAUUUUAAUGAAGGCAUAUUUAUACAUCUGUGAUAGUCCAGCAAGGAAUGUCCAACUACCGAAACCCUGAACGUACAAAUAACCUUAUAUUUAACAGCAUCGAGGAAUUUGUAGUACACACUACCAUUGUUUUCUUUCUUUCUUUUAUGAUGUAUCUAUCAAUCUAUAGGACUUUUGUCAUACUGCAUUCACUUUAUGCAAUCCGUUUUGGGUAUUAAAUGCACUCUUUGAUUGAACAUAUUUUGUCAGCUCGUACAAAAUCUACAAGUAGCCUACUUGACAGUACUGAUGCAACAUCAAUAAAGACUUUCUUGAUCAA